UCGGCAUCUGGUACAACCAAGUUCCCCAAAGAACAGUGGUGUGGGUGGCAAACAGAGACAACCCCAUCGAUGACAAUUCCGGAGUUCUCUCAAUCGAUAGUCAAGGAAGCCUCGUGCUCUUCAAAAAGAACCAAACACUUACUGUCUGGUCAGCGAAUGUCUCCAGCAAGGCAGGAUCCAAGAAUUCCAUGGCGCAGCUCUUGGAUACAGGGAAUCUUGUUCUGUUUCAGGAUGACACUAAAAGGACUCUGCUCUGGCAGAGUUUUGAUUAUCCAUCCAAUACACUGCUUCCGCUUAUGAAACUGGGGAUAGACCUGAGAACGGGUCUGAAUCGGUUCUUGACAUCCUGGAAAUCUUCGGACGACCCUGGAAUUGGGAACUACUCUUACAGGAUUGAUCCAACCGGCCUCCCACAGGUGUCUUUAUACAAUGGAUCCACCCUUCAGUGGCGGAGUGGUUCCUGGACAGGGCAAAAACUGACCGGCGUACCGGAAAUGAGCCGAAGUUACAUCUUCAAUGUUAGCUUCGUCAACAGUGACAGUGAAAUAGCCAUCAUGUAUAGCGUCAAGGUCGCCUCCAUCAUCACCAGGAUGCUUGUGACCGAGUCCGGAAUUAUACAAAGGUUCACGUGGAGUGCCAAAGACGGUCACUGGAUCGGGUUUUGGUCUGCCCCAAAGGAACAGUGUGAUUCUUACAACCACUGCGGCCCCAACUCUAACUGCAAUCCAUACACUCCAGAGAAGUUUGAAUGCACCUGUUUACCAGGGUACGAACCCAAGUCGCCUGCGGAAUGGUACCUGAGAGAUGGCUCCGGCGGGUGCAAAAGGAAGCGUGGCGGCGCGUACACGUGUCAAAGAGGAGAGGGGUUCGUGAAGUUUGCACGUGUGAAGAUACCGAAUACUUCGGUGGUACGUGCAAACGUGAGCUUGGGAUUGAAACAAUGUGGAGAAAUUUGCUUGGGGAAUUGUUCAUGCAUGGCUUAUGCAAGUGCAUAUUAUCAGAGUAAUGGAGAGCUUGGUUGCUUGAUGUGGCAUGGUGAUUUGAUGGAUACUAGAACCUAUAGUGAUGAUGGACAAGAUUUGUAUGUUAGGGUUGAUGCAAUUGAAUUAGCUCAAUAUGCUGAGAAGAAGGAUCCACUUCACAAGAAGGGAAUAUUGGCAUCUCUGGUAGGUUUCGUGGCUGCAGUCAUGCUUUUCAUGGCCAUCUCCAUAUCUUGUUUUGUGAGGAAAAUAAAAGGGACAAGAAGACGAAGUUACAGAAGUUCAUCAUUCUUUGUGAACUCUUUAAAUAGAAAGGAUGAAGUUGAUAAAAAUGACGGCGGUACAGAUUUGCCAUUCUUUAAUUUGAGCACCAUAGCUGCAGCUACAAAUAAUUUCUAUCCUGAAAAUAAACUAGGAGAAGGUGGUUUUGGCUCUGUUUAUAAGGGUGUACUAUUCGAUGGAAAGGAAAUAGCAGUCAAGAGAUUAUCAAAGUACUCGGGGCAAGGAAUAGAAGAGUUUAAGAAUGAAAUUAUGUUGAUUGCUAAACUUCAACAUAGGAAUCUUGUAAGGAUGAUAGGUUGCUGCAUAGAGAAAGAAGAGAAGAUGUUACUCUAUGAGUACUUGCCAAACAAAAGCUUAGACUCAUUUAUUUUUGAUGAAACAAAAAAAUCAUUGCUAGAUUGGAGAAAGCGGUUUGAAAUUAUUUGUGGGAUUGCUCGAGGAAUCUUGUAUCUUCAUCAAGACUCGAGACUAAGAAUCAUCCAUAGAGAUCUCAAGGCCAGCAAUGUUCUAUUAGAUGCUGCAAUGAACCCCAAAAUCUCAGAUUUUGGCAUGGCUAAAAUGUUUGGAGGUGACCAAAUUGAAGGAAAGACUAGACGUAUAGUCGGAACAUAUGGUUACAUGUUUCCAGAAUAUGCUAUGAAAGGCUUGUUUUCAAUCAAAUCUGAUGUAUAUAGCUUUGGAGUUCUACUAUUAGAAAUUAUUAGUGGCAAAAAAAAUAGCAGCCAUUGCCCUGACGAUUCUACUUCAAGUUUGAUCGAACAUGUUUGGGAGUUGUGGAAAGAAGACAAGGCACUGGAGAUAGUAGAUUCAUCAUUGGGGGAAAACUCAGCCUAUCCGGUUGAUGAAGUUUUGAGAUGCAUCCAGAUUGGGCUGCUGUGCGUGCAAGAAUGUGCAACGGACCGGCCGUCUAUGUCUGCAGUUGUGUUCAUGUUAGGCAACAUGUUAGGCAACGCGGAGGCGACUCUUCCUUCCCCGAACCAACCUGCAUUUGUGGUGAAGAAGAAACCAAACGGGGAGGAUAUGUGGAAUAGCGAGAAGACUGCGUCUGCAAAUGAUGUAACCAUUACUAUGAUUCAAGAUCGUUAGAGCAAGCUACUACAAAAGGGGGAAGAAAAACGUUAUAGAUAUUCGUCGGUAGAAAUUAUCACGUAUUAUUGUAUUUAAGCGUGCAUACGAUAUGAAAAGAAAAUGAGAUAAAAAUGUUAGUAUAUG